CUCUCGUUGCGGUGCCGUGGAUGGAGUUUCCCUUGCAGAACAAAUUCUUUCAGCAGUGUUAUUUCCAUCGGUGACACUCGAAUCUAAUCGAAUCGGAUUGAACCGGACGCCUCUGCACAAACGAUGAGUUUGCGAAGGAAAACGACGGAAGUUCGAGGCACAUUCCGUGCGCCUAACUUAUCGGUAUCAAAGACGCACCUUUCCUCUCUUCUCGUCCUAGCCGCAUUCAUGCUUUUCCUGGAUUUCGAUUUCUCGACGAACUUCGUUCCGGAAACCGGUCACCAAACGAAUUCCACCGGGAACGCCACGGACGGAGUUCUGCAGAUCACGCGGGGACAGCAACACCACCACGCCUAUCGCACGACAAACUCCACGACCGCGUACCGAUGGAUCGGCGAAAACUGGAUCCCCCCCCCGGGGGUUCCCUACUUUCGAGGGAGCGACCUCCGCCGCUUGUUUCGGGCCGAAAACACGCUCUGGCUUGGGGACUCUACCGCCCGACAGGACUAUCAAACCAUGAACAGCAUUCUGAGCGCCCCGGACCCGGACAACGUCGGGAACUUUGCGGUGAUGCGCAACAUAAAUAAAUACAAAUACUCAAAAAACGAGACCUUCCACUGCCCCGCCCGCCAACCCCCGGUCGGCACCGGCUGCAAAUUCCCGUGCACCGGUGGGCUGGAAUUUCAAGACAUGGGACAGGUACCGGGAACCGAUGCAGGUUGCGACCCCAACCCCCCAGAGAUCGCCUCCGGCACCACCGGGAAUUCCUCGGGCGUCUCCCGCUACGGGAUUGGGAAAUUCGACUUUUCCGCCCAUGUUUGUUUUCAGGGUAUCCCAUGGAUGCUGCGGCAAGACGAUAUCGUCCAUACGAUCGAGAGCAACUACAGCGUCCUGAUCAUUUCCAUGGGAAUAUGGGAAGUCACCCGGGCUUGGGACUGCAGGAUCGAGGGGUUGACCAGCAGUUCCGUCCUGACGGAAGCCCUGGACGCACUAGAGAGGCUCUCCGGGCCGGAGCUCUUCGUCGUCUGGAAGACCCACGGCCCCGUUGCUGGUGAGAAGGAUCUCGGGGCCGAGACGGUGAAGUUGCAGUCCGUCGCCCGCCGGUGGUUUGAGUCGAACCGUCCCGAGCACAUGGACCUCUCCGACUUUGGAGGGGUCGUCCUCGACGGGAACCGGAGCUUUGGGGAGGAACGACUCGUCGGGGAUUUGAAGCCACAUUGGGGAGCCACGGCGAGGACCCUCAGCAUCCAGAUGGCCUCCAACUCCGUGCACUUGAAGCAGCAGCGAAACGGGAUCGGCGGCGAGGGGUGGAACGAGCAAGGGAGAGGGUGACUCCAAGCCAGUUGAUGCCCAAAGAUUUCGUCGGGACUCGGGCGUGUCGAAAACCCUGGGGAGCCAGCCGAAGGGUGCAACGUCACCACGCACCGUACGGCGAGGUCUUAGCUCUCUCGAAAAUUGACCGAACCCACUCCGUCGAAGUCCGACGCAGUCCAGAAAACUCCWCGUUAAAACAUGCGUCUCAAACAAGAAUGCUGUGUUGACGAACAAUUGUGAAGGCCAACAUGGCCACAUUUGUCAAUAAUUUGGCAAUDGGUGG